CCUCUCUUGUGCCUAUAUAAACUGCCUUGUUUUCAAACAUUAUGUCCCAUGACCAAAGACUAGCUACCAGAGAAAUACCAGCCAUUCAAACACCAAAACAAUUCCCACUCUAAGCCCUUGAUGGAUUCUUCAUUUUUUCACCAUCAAUACUCACAAUUCUCCCCCGAAUCUUCUUCCUCCUUCAAUUCCCUUGAUUCUUCCUCAUGUAACGCACAGAGCUUCUACAGCCAACCCCUCCCUUUUAACGAAAAUGAUUCCCAAGAAAUGCUUCUCUUAGGACUCCUCAAUGAGGCCCCCAUCAACUCUUUUGAUACCACAUCAUCCACCAAUUCCAACUACGAUGAGGUAAGUUCAAGAGCUGAUUAUCAAGGGGAACAGGCCCGAGAAAUCUCUUAUAGAGGGGUUAGAAGGCGGCCCUGGGGCAAGUACGCCGCCGAGAUAAGGGAUUCGACAAGAAACGGUGUGAGAGUUUGGCUAGGAACAUUUGAUACUGCCGAGGCGGCGGCCUUAGCUUAUGAUCAAGCUGCAUUUGCAAUGAGAGGUUCAAUGGCAGUACUAAAUUUUCCUGCCCAAAAAGUCUACGAGUCACUCAAAGAAACGGGCUAUGGCUUCCAGGAAGGACAAUCACCAAUUUUAGCAAUGAAAAAAAGACAUUCAAUGAACAGGAAAGCCGAGAGUAGGAAGAGGAAAGAGAAAGAAAUGAGAACGGAACUGGAAAAUGUCGUCGUGCUAGAGGAUUUAGGGGCUGAAUAUUUAGAGGAACUGCUAGCCAUUUCAGAGAGUGCUAGUCCUUGGUGAAUUAGCUAGUGUCGACCAGCUUUCGUUUUGCUCACCUCUUCUUUUCGUCUUAGGAAGUGUUAGUUUGGAGGUGGAGUAAGGAUUCUAUCCUCCAAUUCUACUCCAUGAUCAUCACUAUCACUUAACCAACGGUUCAUUGGGCAAUUGUGUCUAUUUUUUGUAUUUUUAAUCAUUUCACUUUAGAUGAUGAAGAUAAUUA